AUGCCAACUAAUCCUAGUUUCAACUGGCUGGGCCUUCAGAAUGUAUUUUACGACCUCAGAACUUGCUAUGAGCCAUUGAGCUGGUCCAUUGAAAACUUGCAUGCAAACUACCGGGUUGCAUUAUCGCCAAAUGCUACCCUAAUUGCAAUCGCCUCGAAAUCAGCGCCAUAUCCCAACUUGAUUGAAAUAUACAGCGCAAGCGGGGUCAAAAUCUGGUCUGUGGUGUAUAAUAGCAGUCCGGUGGAAUACAUCUUUGAUUUCCAUUUCAAGGACGAGGACUUGGUCAUUAUCUUGAGCAAUGGGAAAUACAGGCACUACCAAGAUUUCGUCGGUAAUUUCAAUGAAUACCCAAUCGUAUCUGCUGCCACGACGAGAUUCGAUAAUCUCUCCGAGAGCACGCCGUCCUCCUCGGGCGACGCCGAUGCCGAAGCUCUGAGCGAAGUUCGGAAAAUCACCAACCUCGAGAACAACGAAGUGGAGGAGAUCAACAAUAUUUUAGAAACUCAAAUCUUUGGCCAUUAUCUAGUUACCAGGUUUGAGUACAAGAUUGUCAUCACCGAUUUGGACGCUAACCAGAACUUUCAGUUGGAUUUUUACAAGCAUCCUGCGAAAAACAUCCACAAAACGACAGUCUUUGCAAGCAAAGACUCUGAAGUAUUACUUGUCUACAUGGGAUACAACAACACUAUUAUUAUGGUCAAGGUCGACUUUAGUCUAUCAAACUUUGAAGUUGUCGACCAAGAACUAACCGAUGGGCCUUUUACCGAGGUGGCUGUUUCCCCAAGCGGGAAACUAGUUGCGCUACAUAAUGAGUCGAAAAGGAAAAUCUUUGUUGUGACCAACUCGUUUGACCAGAUUUUACUAGAGUAUGAUACCUCGAGCGAGGUAUCUAGUCCCGAACAAGUUGAAUGGUGUGGUAAUGAUGCCAUUGUUCUUUCCUUUAGAGACGAGGUCAAGUUGAUCGGACCUGGUCAAAGAUCAAUCUCGUUCUUCUUUGACAUCAGCGAAGAUGAAGACGAGGAUUUGGACUUUUUGCUCAUGAGAGAUUCAACAAGGAAUGACCUCGCGUACACAGUACCGAUACUUCAACUGGCAGUAGACGGCUUGCGUCUCGUGUGCACCAACAAGGUUCAGUUUUUGAGCCGCGUCCCGGAAAAGACUAUAGAAAUGUAUCAGAUAGGAUCCAAUAGUCCCAGCGCCAUCUUGGGUGACUGUGUCGACAAAUUCAGUCUGAACGCUUCCAAGGCCAAUGCAAACAUCUCUUUGCUAAAGUCCGACCAGAUGUUGAACGCUGCAAUUAACGAUUGCCUAGAAGUUGCCCUCGAUGAGUUUGAUGCCGUUUGGCAGAAACGAGCUCUAAAGGCUGUUUCGUUUGGGAAAAUAUACAAUGUUGAAGGCUAUGACGCUGACAAGUAUUUGAAAAUUCUAAACACGAUCAAAGUCUUGAACCAAUUGAGGAGUUCCGAAGUGGGGUUGUUUCUCACUUUUAGAGAGAUUGACAUACUUGGAUGGAGCAGCGUCAUCAAGAUGCUUCUACGAAGAAGCCAGCACUUUCUUGCACUAAAAAUCAUCGAGGCUCUCGAGCUCGAUGACCUCAAACCGUUGGUUUACGUGCACUGGUGCUGCUACAAGAUCCGCAAUGAGCUGGGUAUGUCUGACGUUGAGCUAUACAAAGUCAUUGCAAACAAACUAGUGUCCUCCACAAAAGACCGCACCAAUUACAUAUCCGUGGACCAGAUUUGCGACAUUGCACUUGAAGAAGGAAGAACGGCGUUGAGUAAAAUGUUGAUCAACAUUGAGCCUUCGGUUAGCAAGAAAGUGAAGAAAUUGAUAGAUAUUGACGAGCUAGAAUUGGCCAUGAUUAAAUCGUUUCAGUCUGGAAGCUACGACUUGAGCCAGCUUGUUCUCCUUCAAUUGCAAACCAACAUGACAAUUUCUGAAUUUUUCAAGUUGCUCAAUCAAAAUGAAGCCAAACUUGACAAUGGAUUCCAGCGAGAGCUUGAGGACGUUGGCGUAGAUGUGGACGUGGACAUUCGUACCGAACCAUUCCAUGUACGAGGCGAGGUAGUUGGCCACAAUUGGUUGCAAGCGGUUCCGGAUUCCGAUUCGAAACUUGUUGCAAAAUACUUGGAACACGAGGACAAACUAGACGAACUCAACUUGCUCAAGCUCAAGAAGUUUAAAAGGGCCAAUCCAAACCUGGAUGGUGAAGAAUAUUACAACGAGUACAAGUCGCUACUUAAAAAUUGUGCAAAGAAAUCUUUACAAGCAGCAACGCAAAAGGCAUUUCAAAGAGAAUUGAACAUUUUGGAGUUGCAGAACCGACUAGAAAAAACAUAUCUCGCAAACUUUUACCAGGAGAAAUCUUUACUCAGCAUUAUUGAGCGAUUAGUCAGAAUGAACCAAGUGAAGCCAGCGGGCAAAAUUGUCAAGGAAUUUUCAGUUUCGCAAGAAAAAUUUUGGUACUUGGUCUUGCGAACGUAUGCAAAGUCUGGAGAAUUCGAUAGACUUUAUGAAUUUGCAUUUGGCUCACUUGAUACCACCACGGGUAAAUCGCCGAUUGGAUUUGAACCGUUUAUUGAAGCAGGAUUCGAACAUGGUGCUCCCAAGGAACAUAUUUCUGUCUACAUAAACAACUCGGUCAAGUAUAAGUAUGACGAAAAAAUUAGCAUGUUUAUCAAGAAUGACGAUUACGCAUCUGCUGCGCAAGAGGCCUUAAGGAAUAAAGACAUUGACAUUUUGAGGAACUUGCAACGGAAAGUGCCAACUUCUGAUACCCAUGCUACCAGAGUUAUAAAGAGCUGUAUCCAGAAGCUAGGCUAUUGA